CGUGUGUCUUCGCUAAUGAUCGCAUCGCUCUUCGCGCGCUGUUGCAAAAAGGUUCGCCAACUCUGAAAGUCAAAAAUGGCCAUCAAAAACAUUCUUUGCCAUCGGCAGUGAGACAGAAAAACGCGUGAAAAGUGUGAAUUUUUGGCCAAUGAGUGCACGUGAAAAUGCAGUGAAGGACACUGCAAAGUGAGAGGUCGUGGAAUAUCUACUGGUGUCCGGGUGGAAAUUGAGACUGCGUCUCUGUGUGUGGUCAGGAAACCGCGACUGGGGUGAUUAAUGUGAUAAGAACAGCAUUGUUGGCUCUGCUAGUGGAAAAUCCCGAGUAUUUCGUCAGUCGUCAGCAUGAUGGGUUGCUCCUGGCAAGGCCAAUUAGCCUUCGCUCUGCUCCUUCUGCUCGCCCAGAAUGGCUUCUGCUUGACUCUGAACGAUGACAAUUGCCCACAGAUCUUCAACUACGUCUUCAAAGGCUACACGCCAAUCGGCAUCAAAGCGGGGAACUUCUCUGAACAUCCGAACGUCAGAACGCUAGAGGAAUGCGUUCAGGAGUGCUGCGACCACGGAUCGGGCUGCAACAGCGCAUUCAUGUUCAACGGGACUUGUUACCAUGUAAAGUGCGCGAGUGAUCAACUCUGCCUCCCGGUCAGGCGAUAUCCCAACAAUACCAAGCUUCACAUGGUCCUGGUAAAUCCUGUGGGCGACCAGCCGUGGCUGGAGCUGCUGAAACAGACCUAUCCACAGGAGUUCCAAUUCCCAGCGGACACGAUUGAUGACGCCAAGGUGCAUCCGUACGUGCCGGACAAGUACGAACUGGUGGAUAGUAUUUUCAAUCCUCAGUACAAUGACGAGGCUGCUGCUGGCUAUGGACUUGAGCGGUUCGUGGGCGAGGAAUCACAGAUGGACAAGGUGAAAGUGACAAUCUGCGAGGUUGGCGUGGACUCUCUGUGCCCAAAGAAUGAGCGCUGUCGAUUGGUAUCAGCUAAAUCCCGGCAGGGAUUCUGUGAUUGCCUUGAGAAUUUCCUCAGGAAUGAGGAGGGCGACUGUAUCGCAAUGAGAACGACCACUGAUAGGCAGUACUAUGAUAAAUUCUGGGGUGUAUUGAACAGCGAAGCAGGGAAGAUCGUUCCGAAUGUUCCCAAUGUUCCCAAUGCCAAACCAGUGACUGAUGGCUCUACGAAGCAGAUCACAGUGUCUGUUGUGUCUAAAGAUGUGAGACUGCCUGAGAAGGAAGUCACCCUGUCCGCCUUCACCAUUCCAGACGAACAGUCCAGUGGUGAUAAGUAUAAGUACCUCUGGACGCUGGUCUCCCGGCCGAGUGGUGACAACGGAACAAUUUCUGACCAGUCAAAGGAUAAGGUGAAGCUCUCAAAUCUCUCAGAGGGACUCUACCAGUUUAAAGUGACAGUCACCGGGAGCGGAUCCUACGGGGAAGCCAAUGCCAAUGUCACUGUUCUGCCCGCCAAGAGAAUCAAUCGCCCUCCGGUGGUGGUCAUCACGCCCAUCCAGCAAACUGUGAAACUCCCCAACAGUGAAGCCAUUCUGGACGGCAGCACGAGCAAGGAUGACGACGCAAUAGUGUCCUGGCACUGGGACUUGGUCGAGGGCCCCAUUGGAUAUCAGCCCAAGCUACCAGAUACAGCAACUCUCCAGCUGUCUGACCUCACAGCGCCGGGGAACUACACGUUCAAGCUGACGGUCAGUGACUCUGAUGGUGUGCAGAACUUCACCACCGCCAACAUAACAGUUCUCAAGGGAAUUGAUUACCCUCCCGAAGCGAAUGCGGGUCCCGAUGUCAUUCUCUACCUGCCGCACAACAACAUCACUCUCAACGGCUCCCUCAGCACUGACGACAGAGAGAUUGUCGCCUGGGAGUGGACGAAGGACUCCACAGAUGAGUCCAAGGCGGUGGACAUGCAGAACACCAGGACACCUUAUCUACAGCUGUCGAACCUCGAGGAGGGAAUCUACAAGUUUGUCCUGAAAGUCACUGAUGCCAGUGGCCAGACCAGCUCUGCCACUGUGCAUGUCUUUGUGAAGCCACCCACAAAUCUGCCACCGAUUGCUAAUGCCGGAAAAAAUAUUACCAUCAAUUUGCCACAAAACUGGGCAUCGCUGAAUGCCUCAGAGUCCAGGGAUGAUGUGAAAAUCUCCUCCUAUCACUGGAGGCAGAUUUCGGGGCCAUCGACAGCUUCUAUCGUCAAUGCUAAUGCAACGCUGGCCAAUGCGACAGUCCUCACUCUUGGUUCUUAUGUGUUUGAAGUGACUGUGGUGGACGAGAAUGGGAAUAAUGCAACGGACCAGGUGACCGUGAAGGUGAUCCAGGAGAAGAACAGUCCGCCGGUCGCGAAUGGGGGUGGAGAUCAGAAUAUGGUGUUGCCGCAAACUGUGAUGAUCCUGAAUGGGAGCAAAUCCAGCGACGAUCUUGGCAUUGUCAAUUUCACCUGGACUCGCGAAGGCUCUAGUGUGGCUGUGGGCACAAUCAUCGGCAACACGGACCACGAAGCUGUCUUGAUGGUGACUGAUCUCGUGGCUGGACGAUACGUGUUCCGCUUGACAGUGACUGACGAACAGGGACUAUCCUCCAGUGACACCGUAAGUGUUAUCGUGCGGCCUGAUCCGCUGCUGUUGAACCUCGUGGAAGUGACUCUCGUGACGGAAGCCACAGUGCUGACGGAGAAUGAAUUGACGACGAUCUGUCAGAAGCUGGAGUUGCUGCUGGGUGACAACCGGAGGCUGCAUGUGCGUGAGCUGAAGAUGGAACAGAAGACAGGACAGGCGAUUAUGGUGUUCUUCGUGGAGAACACGGAGAAUCGCGAGGGCAAAUUGAGUCUUGUGCCCGGGCUGGACGUGGAGAAGAUUCUCAAGGAGAAAUUCUGGCGCGAUGCAAGCAUCUUGGGAUCAUCCUUGUCUGACAUUCGUACAUCCGUGUGCCAAAAUCCCUGCUCUGAUCAUGGCAUCUGCAAUACAGAGACGCGCUCGUGCUCGUGCGAAACCUUCUGGAUGCCGGAUGUUUUCUACUUCUGGGGCAUCAGCGACGCCAAUUGUGAUUGGUCAAUCUUGUACGUGAUCAUCGGCAUCUUUGUCCUCUUCUUGGUGCUCUCGGGAAUUUGUUGGGGCAUCACUUGCAUGUGUCGACGAACAAGAAGUCACUCGCGAUCGAGAAGCAAGCCCACAAAGUAUUCCUUGCUAGGUUCACACGAUGACGAACUGCCGCCGUCCCGUCGAGGAACUGUUCUCUCAGAGACAGACACAGACUCUGACGUCCUCUUCUCCAAACAGAAUGGCUCCACGCGUCUCAAUGGCGAUGCUCGCAAUUCGGCAAACAAAUAUUCCGUGACCCGAUUGGGCAGGAGAGUGAAGACAUAAAUAACACAGCAAGACAGAGAGCAGAAAUCUAUACCCAAAAAAAAAACAUAUUGGCCCAGAAGCGCUUAAAGUUCGCUCGAUUACAAUUCAAUGUCGUGUGUAAAAGAAGUGAACGUCUCACUUUAAAUUGGCCUUAAGACCGAAAAGUGGCAACAUUAAAGUCUUCUGUUGCUUCCUUUCCUAUCUUACAUUCCCCGAGAAAAGAUUGGUUGGAUAAGACAAAACGUUGGCUGUAGAAUGAAACGAAAAAAAAUAGUGGAAAAAUCUCGUUCAGUUGGGAGAGUAAUAGAUUUUAAAAGCGCUUUCCCUGUCUCGGCACGAGGCCGAUAUUCAGAUACUAUACAUAGUAUUUUGUGAUUUUAUAAUUUAAGCCAUUAUUCUGUGUUUUACUGAACUUACUAUUUACUUUUUUUUUUUUUGAAGAGUAUCACCGAACAGCAGAAAGAGGCACAUCAAAUGUGUGUUGUUUGUAUUAAUUACAGAAUCGAAAUGAAGCAAAAUAAUGCAAAUAGUUGGUAGAAACAAUAUCGUACUGUAACAUUCCCAGUCUCUCAGUUCUUGAACAAAUACCUAAAGGUGGUGCUUUACUUCAGCAGAUUAAGCACGCUAAAGUAAAGCAUGGCCGAAAUAAGUGUCAUUGUAUUCUAGUCGUAUUUGUCCAUAAGGAAGGUUUUGUGGUGAGGUUUGUAUUUUAUAGUUUUUCCACAAAAUUCCCUCUAAAAUGGCCACUUCUAUUUUAUAUAAAUAAACAUACAAGAAAUAAUGUAUUUAUUAAAAAAAAAUCUACCAACAAAUAUAAGCGCAAAUUAUGAAAUAAAUGACACAAAGUAACAAACAAGUUCGUGUAAGUGCUACUGAUAGAAAUUUAUUGUAAUGAUUCAACAAACAUUCACGAGGUGAUUAAUCAACAUUUAAAUGUCUUAUUUUGUUUAAUGAAAUAAAAGAAAAUGCGAAAUUAAAA